GAUAGUCGUCUUUGGCGCUCAAUAAGAAUUAGAAUUAAAGUUGUUGUCAAAACUUGGUUUUAGGUUUGCGGUGAAUAUAUAUAUUUUUAAAAUUUGUUUGAUUUUUGAAUGAUUAUAUUUCCUAAGGAUUUAUUUUUCAUAUAGUCUUUCAUAUUUUAUUCUCUAAUCGACUCGUCAAAUCUCAUUGCUAAUUUUGUUUACGAGCCAACAAAAUGAUUUUUAACUGUGUAAUUUGCAGUGAUAUAUUUGAUUCUGCCUCUGAAACGUAUACCACAACAUGUGGUCAUUUAUUUCAUUACGUUUGCUUGAUAGAAUGGCUAGAAAGGUCCAAGUCCUGCCCGCAGUGCCGGAGCAAAACCACAGAAAGUAAUAUCCACAGAGUGUUCUUCAAUGUUAUGAAUGACGGCAAGGAAGACGCUGGUUCUCUUCGGAAUCAGAUCGAAAAUCUGAAAUUCGCAGUCCAAAUGAAAGAACUCGAAGUGAAGAAUGCUGCAGAUGAAGUGAAAACACUGAAAAAACGAAAUGUGAAAUUGAGAAAUGAGUUCCAGAAUUUCGAGCAGAAGGUCUCGGUGCUGGAACUGCUGACGGUGUCCCUGAAGGAGCAGAUCAAGCACCUGAAGGGGCAGGUCAAAGCCGGGGAGGACGCCAAGGAAGAGGCGCGUCAACUCAGGAACAAACUGGAAAUCUUGAAAAACGUGGAGCUGGUGGUGCAGGGCUCGGUGCCUGAGGUGGAGGCAAUGCUGAGCAGCAGCUGCUGUGGGACGAGCGAGUCCCAGAAGGCCAUGUUCACGUACUCCGUCAUGCUGAAGAGGGAGCUGAGCGCCGCCACGGAGCGCCGGCGCGAGGCGCGGGCGCGGGCAGACGCGCUGCAGCGCUCACUCUCGGCCGCGCGGGCGGAGCUGGCGCGGCUGCGCGAGGACGGCGCGGCGCGGGAGCUGGCCCUGCGCCAGGCGGGGGACGACCUCCGGCUCGCAGAGGAAGAGCGGCAGGGCCUCGCUAGGAAGGUGCGAGACCUGGAGCGGGCCGUCGCGUCCCCGUCGGGCGACCCCCGGGACCGCCUGGCGGCCGGGCCCCCCGCCCCGGACUCCCUCAAGAGGCCCCGGCUCACCGACCCUUCCGGGGACUGCCUAGACCCGCAGCUGGGGGGGGAGGCGCCCCGCACGCCCGUGCCGAGGCGCAAGGAGGCGCGGCCGUCCGUGCUGCGCGGCUCUAGCCUGCUGUCCCGUCGCACCAGCUUCAUGCGCGCCGCGCCCGGCGUCUCGGCGGAGGCCCGGGAGGAGGCCUACGACGGCCUGGGCGGACACUCCCGUCGCGACGACUUCCCCGUCCCCCUGGCUGGGGCCCGCCUCCGGGCGAGGGUCGCCCCGCUCAGGAAGAAGCCCUCCCCGCUGGCCACCCUGGAUGCCUUCAUCGGCCAGGCGUGAGGGGGCUGCUGUCGGCACGAGGUAGCCUGCCCACUCGCUCCACUGGCAUUGCGGUCACAUAUAAGCUACAGAAUAAGAAAAAAAGUAUUGAGAAACAACAACAGUGACGGUCCCAUCAGUCCGUCACUGUGUAAACGGUGGACCUCGACCGUUCCCGUGAGUCUCGGUCGGAACUGUACCGAACCCCGAGGCAUUUUCCACCUCUCUGUAACGGACGUUGCCUUUGAGACGUGGACACCUUUCGCAACAAAGGGGACGGAAGUGUCGAUUAUUUUUCACUUCAAAUUGGCCCAAAAUUUUACUAACUAUUGAUCGGUUGUGUUAAAUGACUGAAAAAAAUAUCUGUUUUCAAUAUGUAAUGAAAAAUAAUAAUAAGACUUCGGAAUGUUAAUUUUUUAAAUAAUUCGCUAAAAUAUUCCUGCCAGAUACGGAACACUGCAAACCUAUGCCAUAAAUAAUGCGUAUUGCGCACAAAAUAAUGGAAAAAUUGAAAAAGAAAAAUCAGCCAUCCGUUUGACUUCAAAUUAAUUUAAUAUCAUAUAUAUUAUUGUUGACUGACAGAUACAAUUUAAUGACAUUUGAGAUUGUGGCACAUUUUUAAUAUUUUAAUAGGGAAAGAAUACUUCAUAAUUAAUUUUAUGUCACAACUCAAUUGAUACAACAGUAAUGGAAAAUACAAUACAGUAAACUUAGUACCCAUGUUUAGUUUCACUCCUUUAUAAAGAACUCAUUUUAUAACAAACACACAAAUAUUCAGUCCUUUAAGUUUUUUUGUAUAUAAGUAUAUAGGUUUUACUGUAGUAUGAAACAAAUUAAUCUGAAAGUAGACUCUAAAAUAAAUAUGUAAGAAAAAUAAUGCGAUAAAUUUGUCAAUAAACAAUGUAAUUGCUCUUCAGAGAAACAUGCCUAUCAGUUACAUGGUUACUGUGAACUUACUUAAAUACUUAACAAUAACUGUAUGACAACAGGCAAGUACAUCAUAGUACCUAAUAAACUAUGCCUGCAAGGGAAGAGUUACUAUGCUACCUAGCAGGCUGUUAUGCCUAUGUGUAGUCUGCUAAUUAGCGAUGAAAGAGUUAAUUAAAUUUUAACAGUUCUAUAAUAUUCACACUGAUCCAUCAGUACUAAAUGGAGCAACCACGUGGUUGUAAUUUUUCAAUGCUAUAGGCUAGUGACAGCAUCAGUACUUAGCUCAUUUUCAACGUAUUUAGAACUAAUAUAUUUGUCCUUGAAAACAUUUGUAAAAACAAACCAGUACUGCAAAAUAUAGUUUUGAUUGGCUUGUAACCUUUAUAAAGCAUUUUAAAAAGUAGCAUUUCUUUGUGGCUUCAAAUGUUUUGAUUUGUUAUGUAUCACUGUUAAUUAGUUUUUUUACUGUUUUUAUUAAAUGUAAAAAUUAAAUAUUCUGAGUCUUGUGUGUACUUCAGUACUUUUGAAAAAAAGUUUUCUAGGUUGCUGAAUUAUAAUUUUUACAGACUUUUUGCUAUGUUUAUGAUUAUGUACUUUACUAACACAUGCAUAUUAAAAGAGAAAGUUACUCUUUAAUUUUGUAUACAGUAGAACCUUGUUAUAAUGUUUUUCAAGGGGGCGAAAGAAAAAACAUAUGAAGGAAAUAUCAAUUUGACACUUGUCAACAUUUGUACUUUUUACCAAUUGACUCCUCAAGCUAUAUAAACAAAUUUAAAUUAUAAACCACUGAUGAUACACUCGAUGCUCGAAUUUGCUUAACAAUGUUUCAACUUCACUGUGCUUCAAGCUUCUAUUUUAUUUGUCUUUAAAGAUACUGUGGUGGAUUACCCAGUACAGGAUAAGCCAACACGAAUCAGACACUCGCCUGGGAAUAGCCUCUAAAAUUUAAUUUUUGAGUGUGAUUUUUCUUGCUUUUCCUUAAAGCAGGUGCCCCGAAAAGCAGAGCAAAACAAUCAAAUACACAGAAUUUAAGGUAGGAACGAAGUGCACUCUCCUUAUUAUAAGAAAUUGUGCAACUAUAAAAUACGCUCAACGCUUUAUUCAAGAUUAACUCCGAGUCUGAACAUGGUUCCUGUAGCAUGCAAUGGAUCAGCUCGCGUUCAUUUAGAGCUACAAAAUAUUUGCUACUACUGUACAUUUUUUUUUAUGUAUAUGUACCGCACUUACAAUUACCGCAAAUGUCUUGACACAAUUCAGCCUGGAUACCAUACUUAAGCAAUUUAAGCCUCUACACAUGGAAAAUAUUUAUAAAAAAAAUUUACACAAGUGCUUAUUAAAUUGUUUUAUACAAUUAUUUUGAAAUAAUAUGACCCGGGUCUACUAAUGGUACGCGUGCCACGGCACCGUAUAUUUUCCUUUCGGGUCCAUGUUUUCUUCUUUUACUUAAAGUAAUUGUACUGGCCAUAAUAUGGUUUGAUUCAAGUUUUCGGGCGGUUCCCUUGCGCGACCAAGUGAUACGAAGUCGCAACACUCGUAUGGUCCAACUGGGACGCCAUGUGACAUAGCAGCUGACUCUGGCCACGGGAAUGCAAGGGCUUAAGGGACGGAGCUAAUGACUUACUUGUUCAUUGAAGACGUUGCUGCAGACACCAGGUCUCCUGACCCGGAGCUGGACACUGGAGUUUCUGCGAUCCGCCGAUCAGCUGCCUGAAGGCUGGUCCGGUGGACACACGCUUGUUCGCCACGAAUCCUGCAUACCAAAUCUCCGUCCGGUACUCUCGACUCGUGCCUAUCAAAUACGUAUAUUUUACCUAUAUCUUAUAUCAAUUUAAACUAAAAAUGCAUUGAAAAAACUUAACGUAAUAAAAACCGGGCUGCCGACUUUACCUAAAAUGUUACUAGACAGUUGUUUUAAUCGGCGCUUACGUGCCAAACAAAUUAAACACAAAUCAACUAAAAUAAACUAAAAAUGAAUUAAAAUUUAGAACUAAGCAAUAAACAUAAUUAACAAAAUUAAUCAAUUACAAAACAUAUUUCCUAGGAAGAAGAAAUAUGAAGAAAAAUUACGUUCAGAAUAAAAAUAGAAGAAAAAAAUUCCGCUAAUGCACUUAGAUUUUUCACAAGAUAGCACCAUCAAAUAGGAAAAAUUACACUCGCUUAAUAGCUAAAUUCUUAACCAAAAGAAAAUUACUAAAACCUAAGGCCCAAAAUUUUGUGUACCACAUUACUUCCUUUUACUACAAAAACUGUUUAUUUCCUACCUCUUUCGAAAGCACUUUUACUGGACUUAGAAAUUUUUUUGUGGUGUAUGGUCCACCAUAGAGGUUCUGCAACUUAGUGGCAAGGAAUUUGGCUUUAUUACGUUGCCAGAACUGGCGGCACAAAACCUCGUGACCCACGACAAAAGGGUUUGGUACCUAUCUUUAUUACAUUGAGAUUUUAUUUUGUUCCAAUACUAUUUAAUCCUGUUAAAAAAAUUUUAAUUAAUAUAAGUUUGAAAUCUCUAGUCCCCGAAAUUUCAUAACAGGUUUUCAUUGAUACUUGUAAAGCCGGAAUUUAAUAGUUUGUCUGUUGUCAGUUAGCCGCUGAGCCAUUUAUAACACUCAGUUCUUCUGUAAUAAUAUUUUUCCGUAUACGUGUUGCCUACUGUUGAGAAAACUUAAAUUUUGGAAAAAUUUAUUUUCUAUAAUUAGAUUAGUUUGACAAUCAUGUUAGCUAUCCACUCAUUAAACUCAAUAUAUUUCACUCUGGUAAUUUUAUUUUUAACAUUUUCGGAGUUACCAUGCAUAAUUAAUUACACUUCUGUGAACUGUACAACUUUUGUUUCAAAAUACAAUCUUUAAAAUGUGCUCAAACACAAUUUAAAAAACAAAAUUGUACUUGUGUAUAUACAGUACAACAUUUUAAUUUAGACUAUUUACAACAAAUCUUACAUCAAAUUGAAGGUAAACUAACCUAGUUGUACAGCACACAUACAACCCAAAGUCCAAUUCUUCCCACACUUUGAUUAACACAUCCAGAGUAGUGGAAGCAAUGGCUUCUUUAAUUCUGUGUCUCAAACCAUCAGGUAGCGGCGGAACGUAUACACGAUCUUUUAUAAAGCCCCAAAGGAAAAAAAAAUCGCAUGGCGUCAUGUCAGGUGAACGUGGAGGCCAGCGAGAAAGAGCUCUGUCAUCUCGACCAUUGCGACCAAUCCAGCGGUCAGGGACUUCGACGUUCAACCACUCUCGUACAAACAGAUUCCAAUGGGGAGGGGCUCCAUGCUGUUGCCAAAUAAGAGCCAUUCUUUCGUGCUGCAAGGGAGAAAACAACUAAGCCGUAUUUGUGCAUGGACUUAUCUAAAACUAUUUGUGUUACUCUUUGUGACCUUGAACCAACACACUACAAAUGCUUGCAGUUGAUACUAUUAAAAUUUAUAACUGGAACAUUCUUUUAUGGACAGACUGUAUAAUUUUAAGGAUAAUGAAUCACAAAUACAAGAUAUGUACGCAGCUCAUUCUGAAUAGAUGACGUACUUCCAUCAUUUCACGUCAUUUCCAAGUUUCCUAUCACUCACUCAUUAUUAAAGAUUUUGAAAGCUUGCAUUUAACAUUGCGUUCUUUGUGUGCAUAACUGUAUUAACUUGUUCAAAUAUUGUUAAUGAAAUUUUGUUUUGAUUUUUACAUAUUUAAUACAGCUGUGUUCUUGCCAGGUUUAGAACAAAAUGCAUUUUGCAUUGUUGGCCUGUUGUUUACUUUGUUGUGUUUUGGUAAAACGGAAUAGGUCACAUUUGAGGUGACUUUAUUUUUGGUGUUAUUCUGAGUAUUAAUUGCAUUUUGUUAAGUGAGUAGUGAAGUAAAUUUAAUAUAUAGUUUUGAAGAUGAUUAAUAGGAUUGUAAUAAUGUAAAAAAAAAAAGCAAAACCUAUACUAAUAAUAAAACUGAUUGAGGUAAGAAGCUGUACAUUGGAUGAAAUUAGAGUGUAAAAGUAACGAUAAAAUGUGUACCCGUAUGUAUUCGUUACUAUAACAAUUAGUACUCGUUACUUUCGUAUCGUUACUCGUUACUUCUGAUACCGCAUAACAGGCUAUGUUAUGUAACAGCAACGAAUCGAGUCGUAUUUCGUACGCGUACAGUAUGACGUCACGUAAAUAAAAAUAAAUAGAAUAUAAACAGUUAAAAAUAUUUGAUAAUUACCAGCUUUUGUUAACCAAGAAACAAUUAAAUUUCAUUAGAGCGGCUUUAUUAUAAUGUAUCUUUUAAGAUAAGACCAUAAAACUUGAAAAUACGCGAUAAUUAAAAACAAAAACAAACAUAUUUAUAAUUUGUAAAAAAUACUUUACGUUGUUUCUGUUCGAAUCUAAAACUUUGUCUACACACACAAUACCUUUAAUAAACAGUAAAAAAACUUGGGACGACGAAUUUACAAAUUAUACUUUUAUUAAUAAACAAACAUCGUUCUUUGUAACGAAUAAGCGUGCGCAUGCGUAAAACAUACGAAAGAUGCGAGUAACGAAAUGCAUUCGUGUGUAACGUUUCGUUACUCGGUACUAGAUGCCGCAUCCGUUACUCAGUAACGAAUACAUACGGUUUGCUACAGCUCUAGAUGAAAUGAUGAAGGACUCUUGUAAAUAGCUUUUAACAUUAUUUGAAACUCAAAAAUAUAGUUUUUUUUUUUAAUAAUUUUUUGUUUGUUUGCUUGGUUGUCUGAUCAGUCAUGAAUUGAUAACUACAUGACUGAAUUUGAUGCAUAUUUCCAUUCCUCAAGGGGUUGAAAAGAGGUAAAUAUGGUCUUAAAAUAUAUCACAGAAGCUAACAAAACAAGAAAAGAUAUUGGAUAUCAAUAAUCAACAUACAAAAACUACCAACCACUUUUUUUUAUUAACAAAAUUUAACUCUUAAGGGAUGUAAAAGUUGUAAUUGUAUUUUUAAAAAGAAAAAAAAAGUACUUUUGAAUCAAUUGGAACAAAAGACAAGUCUAAGAAAGAAAAUUAGAUGAAUGCAGAAAGAGCUACGUACCUAUUGAUUUAUUUAUUUAUGUAUUUUAAAAAAAAGUAUUUCCAAAGCUAAUAAAGUAUGGAUAAUAA